AUGGCUUCCGACUUGGACACCUGCGACGAGAAGAUCUUCCAACGAAAUCGACUUCCAGCGAGAUCCUACUAUAUCCCACCUUCCUCUCUCCUCUUGAAUGGCACAUGGGACUUUCAUUAUGCCCCAACACCCAAACAUGCACCACUUCCAGUUCAAUCAAAUACACCAACCUCAGAGUUGGGCACUAAGGAAGGUUAUGUGAACGUGCCACCAACUGCAGAUAAACAAAUUGAGACUAUACCAGAUGAUGAGGUGGAAUGGGGAAAUAUAACAGUUCCGGGGCAUGGUCGACCUCAAUAUACAAAUACAAUAUUCCCAUUUCCCGUCUGCCCUCCACAUGUCCCGACCGAAAACCCUACAGGAACUUAUCGCAGAUUGUUCCACGUUCCAAAGUCGUGGGAAAAGUCCUCCCAACUGCGAUUGAGAUUUGAUGGUGUAGAUAGCGCGUUUCACGUCUGGGUCAAUGGCCAAUUCGUUGGGUAUUCGCAAGGAUCCAGAAAUGCGGCGGAAUUUGAUGUUUCGACAUGUGUGAGCCGGGGAAGCGCAAACGAAGUCUGGGUUCGUGUUUACCAAUGGUGUGAUGGGUCAUAUAUCGAGGAUCAAGAUCAAUGGUGGCUUUCUGGAAUAUUCAGAGAUGUGAAUCUUUUAUCAUUUCCUACAACGGGUCGAAUCGACGACUUUUUCGUUACACCCAAGCUCGACGAAAAAUACCAUGACGCGACUCUGGAAGUUGCCCUGGAUUUGGUUGCAUCAUCUUCUGGAGAGGUAAAAUUGACGCUACGUGAUACUUCAAAUGGCGAAGAAGUCAUACCGAGUGGUUCCGAAUCUUUUGAGUCUGACGGGGAGAAACUCUCAUUGAGCUUGUCGGUUUCACAACCUCAGAAAUGGACUGCCGAGACACCCUAUUUAUAUCAGCUUGAGAUUUCAAUUCAUGUGAACAACAAGGUUACUCAGACCAUUUGCCAAAACGUCGGUUUCCGUUGCGUCGAGCUCAAAAAUGGUCUUAUAACUGUCAAUGGCAAAGCCAUUCUCUUCAAUGGCGCAAAUCGUCAUGACCAUCAUCCACAUCUCGGACGUGCAGUGCCAUUAUCCCUUAUCAAACAGGACUUACUGUUGAUGAAGCAACAUAAUAUCAAUGCACUACGCUGCUCACAUUACCCAUCACAUCCGGGAAUAUAUGAUCUGUGUGAUGAGCUUGGUCUAUGGGUGAUGGAUGAAGCAGAUUUAGAGUGUCACGGAUUUUAUGAUGCCGUAGCAUAUCCUGCCAAUAUCCCAGAAUCGAUACCUUACGAAGAACGUAAGAAAUUGACCUUUCCACAAGCCGCCAAAUUUACCUCUGAUAACGAAACCUGGCGCGACGCAUAUAUCGACCGAAUGACCCAGCUUGUGAACCGAGAUAAGAACCAUCCUUCGAUUAUCUUGUGGUCUUUAGGAAAUGAAGCAUUCUAUGGGAAGAAUCACAAGGCAAUGUAUGACUACGCAAAGGAGGUGGACCCUAGCAGAUUGGUCCAUUAUGAGGGUGAUGCUGAUGCAAAGUCUGCAGACAUGUUUUCUUACAUGUAUCCACCCAUCGAUGUUCUUGUCAAGCACGCGGAGACUACUGGUGUUUCUGAUGGCUCCUAUGACAAGCCCGUUGUGCUUUGCGAAUAUGGCCAUGCCAUGGGAAAUGGACCUGGGGGUUUAGAAGAUUAUCAGGCUGCAUUUAGAGAUUACGAAAGACUUCAAGGCGGUUGGAUUUGGGAAUGGGCGAAUCACGGACUGUGGAAGACAGAGCCAGGAAAAGAGGGCUUUUAUGCUUACGGAGGUGAUUUUGGUGAUGUCCCGAAUGAUGAUACCUUUGUCAUGGAUGGCUUGUGCUACAGCGAUCACACCCCUACACCUGGUUUGACAGAACUCAAAAAGGUCAUCGCUCCAAUUCGUGCUUGGGUCGAGGAGGGUAAAAUCGUGAUUGCAAAUGGUUAUGAUUUCAUAGGGCUUGAUCAUGUUGUUGCUUCGUAUAAGAUUGAGUCGUUCGAAAAAAGCCGGAAGAUUGUAAAAUCUGGUGAUUUGGCACUUCCAAACAUUCUCCCAGGAAAGUCCUCUUCAAUAGAAUUACCAUCUACUCCUUCUAGAAAUGGAUCGGGCGAGCUAUGGAUUACAGUCACCUUUCAACAAAAGUUUUCGACUGCUUGGGCUGAUGCUGGUCAUGAGCUUGCAUGGAUGCAAGAGCAGAUUUCGAAGCCUAAUGCAGAUUCGAUCUCCCGAAUUUCCCCUACAAACACUUCUCAUCUCGACGUUGUCUCAUCUAGGACGGAGUACAGAAUUACAGGCUCAAACUUUCUAUUUGCAUUUGAUGCUGCUCGGGGUAGUUUGUCUCAAUGGAAUUUUAGUAGUCCAGCGACCUUGAAGUCAACCGAGAUACUCAUCUCAUCAAUUACACCGGGCUUCUGGAGAGCUCCGACAGACAAUGAUAUGCCUUCUGAUCUUCCCUAUUAUAAACGAUAUGGUUUAGAUGCAUUGACGUCGCAGCUUCGAUCUUUCGAUGUGAAGACCGACGACGAUCUAGUUACUCUCACCGCUGUAACAUUCAUUUCACCUCCAAUAUUGAACUGGGGCUUCGAGGCUACUACCACAUAUCAGAUCUCAGCAACUGGCUCUUUGACAAUCAAAGUCAACCUCAAACCUACUGGAUCAAUGCCAUCAAACUUGCCUAGAGUUGGCUUGGACAUUAAACUUCGCGAUGAUUUCGAUAAUGCAGAAUGGUUCGGUAUUGGACCAGGAGAAUCGUACGCGGAUAAAUGCUCUUCACAGAAGCUCGGUAUAUAUUCUGCUGAUGUGGAUGCGUUACAUACUCCUUACGACGUACCGCAAGAAGAUGGUAACCGUAUGAAGACUAGAUGGGUAAAUAUGACAGAUUCCUCCGGAGUGGGAAUUAGAGCAAGUUCAUCUGAAAGCCCCACGUUUCAAUGGGCAGCUACAAGAUAUUCUCCAAGUACAUUGCAAAAAGCGAGACAUCCAAGGGACCUAGUGAAGGAAAAAGAAGUAUUGUGGAGGUUGGAUGCUGAGUCUGCUGGUGUUGGAUCGGCGGCUUGUGGACCGGGAGUCAAAGAAGAGUUUCAAGUGAAGUGUGAGGAGAAGAAAUUCGCAUUUGUAUUCGAGAAGAUCGGGAUAUAA